AGUUGGAAAGUGAGGUGUACGUGUUGCGUUUCGUUCCUUGUGCCAAUUAUUGUUUUUUUUCUGUUGUAUUUUAUUUAUGUGUUCGUGGCUAUGUGUUUUCGGGUUAUUGCACGGAAAACCAUAGAAUUUAGUAGUAUGCUGAUCAUAUGGAACGUAUGAAAACGUAAUCCGAAGAGAAGAGGGAUCGUGAAAUACUCGAAUGCACCGAGAGACAUUCUCGAAGCAAUGUGAGAUACGUACAAAGAUACACUCGUAAUUGUUCGUUACACUGAAAGUGGUAAGAUGGCAUCGUCGAUCCAUUUGUUUGCUGUUAUCACAGCUUUGGGAGUGGUUUACGCCCUGGAAGGGCCAAAUAUAUGCAUCGUACAAGAAACGUACACGGUAACGGUGAAUACAUCGGAGCAGAAACCUUACAGUAUACGGGAGAACACUUGGUGCUUCAGCUUUCCACCGAGAUGCUCCAAAUAUAAGGUGGUAUUCAAGACUGUGUACAAGGAACAGAAAAUAACGAAGCAGAGACCGGUCGAAGAAUGCUGCAAAGGCUACACAGAGACUACCAAUGGUGAUCGUUGCAUUCCUAUCUGCUCCAAGGACUGCGUUCAUGGCACUUGUUUCGCUCCUGAUGUCUGCAAGUGUGAGUCAGGAUACGGAGGCCCGUUAUGCGAUUAUAAAUGCCCACCGGGAAAAUGGGGCAAAUCUUGCGAACUGGACUGCAUGUGCCAAAACGGAGCCUCUUGUGAUCCUUUCGAUGGCAAAUGCUUGUGCACCAGGGGUUGGGAUGGCAAAUACUGCCAGUUGAAGUGUCCUUCCAAUCGAUAUGGACAAGACUGUGGCGAAGAGUGUCGUUGCAAAAACGGUGGAAGCUGCCAUCACAUUUCUGGCGAGUGUCAUUGUGCUCCUGGCUACACAGGACCACUCUGUGAUGAUUUGUGCCCGCCUGGAAAGCACGGUGACGAAUGCAAAUCAGAGUGCAAGUGUCAGAAUGGUGGUUCUUGUAAUCCUACAACUGGUCAAUGCUACUGUACAUCUGGAUGGAUUGGUUCGGUUUGUGCGAAUCGUUGUCCAGAAGGUUUCUGGGGUAAAAACUGCUCUAAAGAGUGUGACUGUUAUAACGAGGGUGGCUGUCAUCACAUCACUGGAGAAUGCGAAUGUAAACCCGGCUAUUAUGGCACAAAGUGUUUAAAAAUAUGUCCUGUGGGAACGUUCGGUUUGAACUGUACAAACAAUUGUACCUGCGAAAAUGAUGCAGUCUGUUCUACAAUUGACGGAACCUGUACCUGUAGCCCUGGUUGGAUGGGUAAGGAGUGCAAUAUACGUGCCUGUCAGGAUAAUCUAUGGGGGCCCAAGUGUUCAAAGGUUUGCGAAUGUGACGCCGAGAACACGGAAAUGUGUCAUCCUUGGACUGGAAAGUGUAUCUGUAAGACUGGAUGGGAUGGUGAGACCUGUUCCAGACCUUGCCCACUUUAUAUGUAUGGAAAAGGCUGUCAAACUCGCUGUAACUGCAAGAACAACGCGCAAUGCUCUCCUAUAAAUGGAACCUGCACUUGCGCGGCUGGAUACAGAGGUGAGGAUUGUAACGAAGUAUGCCCUGUCAACACUUAUGGCGAGAAUUGUGCACAAAAAUGCGUUUGCAAGAAUGGUGCCACUUGUUCACCUGAGAAUGGACGGUGCAACUGUACAGCAGGAUGGGUUGGUGUUUCUUGCGAUCGUCCCUGCGACGACACUUCGUACGGCAAGGACUGCGAGGGCAAAUGCAAAUGCUUUAACAGUGCUGCCUGCAAUCCGCAAAAUGGCACAUGCACGUGUGCAGCUGGCUUCACCGGCGAAUUGUGCCAAGAUCGUUGCGAGAAUGGAUUUUUUGGGCUGGGAUGUGCUCAGGUCUGUGAUUGCCAGAAGGAGAAUAGUCUAGGCUGUGAUUCUGCCACUGGUCGUUGCCUCUGUCAGCCAGAGUGGCGAGGAAUCCGUUGCGAGACAAAGUGUCCAGAAGGGCUUUAUGGUAAUGACUGUCAUUCACAUUGUGAAUGUAUGAACAAUAGUUCAUGCGACCCAGAAACAGGCAUUUGUAUCUGUGCCAGAGGCUGGGAGGGGCCUGACUGUUCUCUACCAUGCAAAGAAGGGUGGUACGGUGUCCGCUGUAAGGAACAGUGUCCAGAGAAAACGCAAGGGAAUAUGACGUGCGAUCAUGUUACUGGUGAAUACGUUUGUCGACCUGGAUACUUAGGCUUAACUUGUGAGCAUCCUUGCCCACCAAAUCGUUACGGGUUAAAUUGUGCCAAACAGUGCCGUUGCAAGAACGGCGGAGAAUGUCAUCACGUGACAGGUGUGUGCCAAUGUCGACCAGGUUGGCAAGGUGACCAUUGUCAGACACCUUGUCCAGAAGGGAUGUACGGCAUGAAUUGUAGUCAACAUUGCACAUGCCAACAUGGAGGUAAAUGCAGAUCUAACGAUGGUCACUGUCGUUGUGCACCUGGUUGGAUUGGAACCAAAUGCGCUGAGGUUUGCCCAGAAGGUUAUUAUGGUGAUCAUUGUAUGGAACCCUGCGAUUGCAAGAACGAUUUCUACGCAUGUCAUCCUAUUGAAGGUUGUUCUUGCAAACACGGAUACACCGGUCCAAAUUGUGACGAAGAAUUAUUUUCGCGUAAUACUCAAGAACAGGAUACAGGCGGCUAUGGUAGUAUAGUAGCAGGAUUUUUCUUUGCCGCGAUAGUUGUUAUAGCAAUGACUUUCGCUGGUUGGUUAUACCAUCGACGCAGAGUAGCAGAUUUGAAGAAUGAAAUAGCACAAGUGCAAUAUACCGCUGAACCUGCUUCUCCGCCAGAACAAACUCAGUUUGAUAAUCCCGUGUACGCGUAUCAAGGUUCCUCGAAGUUUGACGAUGGAACUACCACUUUACUAAACAACUUCCAGUUCAGAAAUAACCUCGGAACAAGCAAGAAAAUAAAUAACGAAAAGGCUAAACUUGGGUUAAGCAGUUGUAUGGACGAUGAAGACGAUUGUAAAGGAACAUUAAAUCGAUACGAUCUGAAAAAUAGAGAUGCAGAUAUGGGAAAUCCAAAUCUUAAUAUAUAUCAUAGUAUCGACGAAAUGGAUGGGAAGAAGAUUGAGCACGUUUACGAUGAAAUUAAGCAAAACAACGAGUCAGAAUACGAUCAGUUGGACAAUCCAAGACCGGUUAGCAGUUACAAACACUUAAGUCGAAUGCCAAAUGGUUUUUGUUCGAAAUCGUCAGACAACGCAGGACCCAGUACGAUGAAGGACAAAGAUCCUGAGCUUGGUGAUAUGUAAACAUUUCUUGGAACUCAAGGACUCAGAUUGAAUCGUGCAAGUUUAAAUUUUAAAUACGUAUGUCUUUAAUGUAACUUAAAGAAUCAAAUUUUUAAAGAUGUUUUCCCUUGGAUUAUUAGUAUACGAAUAUCUCUCGUGCCCUAUAUUAGAAUCAAGUUUUCAUGUGUUGUUAAAUGUGAGCCCUGAGAAAACACUUCAGAAAACACCUUAAUAAGAAUAUUUUCAGAAAUUAUCAUGAAAAAAAUAUGAAUAUACUUCUUUUGUUCAGUAUGUUCAUACACAUAGUCGAACGACAACAAAGAGAAUAGUUAAAUGGAUAUUUUAUUUAUAAAAUCAUAUACUCAUAGCGAUCGUUUAUCCACGACGUUUUGGACUAUCUAUUUUUAUAAUGGGAUGAAAUCAGUAUGAUAGCAUGUCGCUUGAAAAUGACACAAAUUGCAAAAUUUCGUUUUACACGUAAGAAAAAAGUUGAAAACAGUAAUAAUGGAGUUUAGAAUACCUAUCAGUAUGUUUAGCAAUAUUUCGUAGGCAAAUGGAUAAUCUUAACGAAUAAAAUCAUUUAUAAAGAAAUUGGCGAACAAGGUACAAAAUCGUUAUGUAAGUCUGUUUAAAUAAUAAGAGACCGAUUUUACGAUCUCAAUGUGUGCAUAUCGAUUCGAAUGAUAUUGUUACGUUCGCAUCGCGUUCCCAUAAUUGUUACUAAAUUCGUAGCAAUAUAUUAAUAUUAAAAGUUCCAUACCUCCUUCUGUUCUUGAUAUUUUGAAUAGAUACCAUCAGUACGCGAUAUAUACAUAUAUAAAUACAUAU